AUGACUCUACACAAGAUCCUCGUCACGUUUUGUUUGUGGCUGGCAGUGGUCCACAUCCACGGCGCCACACUGAAGGUAUCUGAGUCGUGUAAAGAUGCGCCUGAUUCCUGUCCUGUGAACUCUAUCUGUCAGGCGGUUGGAUGUCUCGACAAACUGUGCGUCUGUCAAAACAAAACCCUCGCUAGUGCGGACAACACCGAGUGUCUCCGAGUGGUGGACUUCGGCGAGCCUUGUACGGGAACGGGGCUCACGUGCACAAAACGUGCGGAGUGUUCAGCAGACAACAUCUGUGUGUGUCAGUUCGGGUUUAUCAAGUCAGACGGUGGGAAACGGUGCAGAAAACUGUCUACUGGCGGUGGUGAGAGAUCUGCUUUGCUUGGCGAGUCGUGUGAUGAUAAAAGUGUCUACUGCGAGAACUCCCGGAACAAGCAAUGCAUCAAUGGAACCUGCACUUGCAAGACGGGAAAGAGAGCCGUUUCUGAGAUGGAGUUCUACAGUCUUCCUCUGUUCACGGAGUGUGUUCCUGAAAACUUCUCUUUAGGAAUCACAGUAAACCCCGAAGAUUGCUUAGGUGUUGUUACUCUGGGUGAGAUAUGCUACUCUGACAAAAACUGUCCGGAAAAUUCCGAGUGUAUCCGAGUGGGCUGUGACAUGAAGUGCACGUGCAAGGACGGAACCAUCACGUCGGACAAUUUCCAGAGCUGUCUCGCAGUGCGAGAGCUAGGACAACAAUGCAACACCACAUCGGUAUGUGCAACCAAAUAUUCGUACUGCAAACCGCAGGUACGUGGAGAAUGCACGUGCCAUCCGAGCCAUUUUGCAGGAGCAGACGACAAGUUCUGCAAACGACGUCCGUAUCCUUGUGCAGCAUGCGUGAAGGAGUGGGCCACACUGGGGGAGGCGUGUGAGAGGCAGGGAGUUGAGUGCGAUGACGACCUGGUCUGUGGGACUAACAACAAGUGUCAGUGUAAGGAAGGUUACCGCGUUGCUACGUUACUAGAACGCAAGACGUUCUUUCUGCGAGGAUACUGCAUCCGGAAUGAAAUAAAAAUAGAAUAUUCAGAUGAAGAAUUAGAAACAAAUUGUGUAACAACAACAGCAACAGCAACAACAACAAUAUCAACAACGUCAACGACUACAAAAACGGAAACUACGGCGACGAAAGAAGCCGAAACCUCCACGAACACUACCGAACCUACCACGACAACUACCGAAACCUCUACAACAAAUGCCGAAACUACCACGACAACUGCCGAACCUACCACAAUAAGUGCCGAAGCUACCACGACAAGUGCCGAAAUUAUCAAGACAACUGCCGAACCUACCACGACAACUGCCGAGCCUAUUACGACAAGUGCCGAACUUACCACGACAAGUGCCGAACUUACCACGACAACUGCCGAGCCUACCACGACAACUGCUGAACCUACCACGACAAGUGUCAAACCCACAACAACAACAACGACAACGACGACAGCUGAACUGACUACUCCAAUGGAAUCGGCGCUCUGCAAGACAAAGGACAGUGUUUAUUGUCUGUUGGCAGAAUUCAUUCCAAGUUACAAACUAUUCAUUAACGCCAAGAACUGUCCACACAUCAGCGGAGACUGUCCAGUUGGAUGCCAUUAUAAGCAGCCAGAGAUUUGCGAGAUCUACGACAAAUCAAACUAUAGAAGUCUUAAACGUGUCUCGAUAUGGAUUGUGUCCCCUUGGCUGAUUCCGCCACCUUCGCCAGUUGUGUAUAAACUAAAACAGACGUUCUAG